AUGGAACUUAAGCUGCUAUUCGGCGAUGGAUGUCUCAGCAAGACAACCCCGACUAUUCUUCUUAUGGAAGACUCGAUAUGGCAUCGACCCACAGACAUUGAAUCUCCGAAUCACAAGCCUAUGAACGAUGGUAUUGGCAGAAUUUCUCACUCGCUCUUGAGGGAGGUGCGAGACAUUAUGGGCCUAGACUUUCUACCCGUAGCCAUUCAAGCUAGAAUUGGUGGUGCCAAAGGGUUAUGGAUGUUGGAUUCAACUCCCUUCUCUUCAGACAAGCGGUGGAUCGAGAUAUAUCCCUCCCAAAUAAAAUGGGAUUGCAAUUGGUCUGAUCCCGCCCACCGAACCUUGAAAAUAGUUUCCGUUUCUUCUUACGGCGGGCCAGCCACUUUGAAUCUUCAAUUCAUCCCAAUCUUGGAAGAGCGAGCGAUUGAUCGAGAACUCAUGCGCAGAACCAUUGACGAGCGCAUAGAUCAGCACCUGCGGAAGGAUCUGGACCAUGCCAAAGCAGCCAUGGAGACGCCUGAACUCUUUCGAAAAUGGAUCCGUGACACUUCCUACACCACGUUUGGGGAUAGCCACGAUGGCAUGUCUUGGUUCAUUGGGGGUUUGCCGAGAGACUGGUCCGGGAUAAUGAGCUUCCUUGCUGAUGGCGGUUUCGAGCCAAGGAGACUUGAGUUUCUAAAUGAAAUAAUGUUCAGACAUCAAAUGAGCCGUUGGCGACAGAUGGAAGCCAAGCUUCAUAUCGAAAUUGCCCAGUCAACCUCCGCCUUGAUGACUAUCGACUUCUUGGGGGUCCUUGCACCAGGUGAAGUCCAGCUGUGUUUUUCACCGGCGUUUGAUGAUGGAAAACAGAGUCUUGAUGAUCUUGGCGGACUUGAUGUGCUCGUUGCUCGCUCCCCAGCACAUCUUCCUAGUGAUAUUCAGAAGGUAAAGGCUGUUUUCAAGCCAGAACUACGACAGUUCAAAAACGUCAUUAUAUUUUCCUCUCUAGGUGACGAAUCACUAGCUUCUAAGCUAUCGGGAGGAGACUAUGACGGAGACAAGGCCUGGGUUUGCUGGGAUCCGGACAUAGUAAACAAUUUUGAGAGUGUCGACAUGGCCUCCAAGGUCUCCUUCGAAGAGUACUUCCGGCUCAACAUUCAGAAUGCAGGAAUCCUGGCGUCUCGAUACGGCAAGCCUCAUUACUUAGACGCACUUUUGGAAGAAGCCUUCAGCUUUCGCCUCAGCCCCUCAUUCAUGGGCAUCAGCGCUCAUCAUAUGUCAACUCAAUCAAUCAAUCACCCCAAUCAAAUCAAUCAAACCGUCGAAUUCUUCCUUUCAAUCAAAUCAAAUCACACAUUUCUAAAGUUGAAAUAA